AUGAGUAGUUGUUUCUGUUCAAAGAGCCAAGAGACUGAAAAGCGAGGAGCUGUAUCAGAAGACCAGCUAGUGAUUUCUGAUGAUUCCACUCAUCCUGCAAACUUGAUCUGUGAACUCUGUAAGGUUUUCUAUAACAACGGAUGGGUGACAGGUACUGGUGGUGGAAUUUCCAUCAGAGAAGGAUCUAAGAUCUACAUAGCGCCCAGCGGUGUACAGAAGGAAAGAAUGGUGCCAGACAACAUGUUUGUGAUGGACCUAGAAUCAGAGAAUUAUUUGCGAACUCCUCUAACACUCAAGCCUUCUGCCUGCACUCCAUUAUUUCUCAGUGCUUACAAGAUGAGAGACGCAGGUGCAUGUAUCCAUACCCACUCUCAGGCGGCUGUCAUGGUGACAUUGCUGUAUGAUAAGGUGUUUGAAAUUUCAUCUAUAGAGCAAAUCAAAGCAAUUCCAAAAGUCACUGAGAAGGGAAACUUGAUGUACUCUGAUAGGUUGGUGAUUCCCAUCAUAGAAAACACUGAGAGAGAGGAAGAUCUGACUGAUUCUCUUCAGCAGGCCAUCGAGGAAUAUCCUGGAACAACAGCUGUAUUGGUAAGAAGACAUGGUAUCUACGUUUGGGGAGAAACCGUCUGGAAGGCCAAAGUUUACAAUGAGGCCAUUGACUAUUUGUUGGAGCUAGCUCUCAAGAUGCAUCAACUUGGUAUUCCCACUGUAAAACAGAAUUAG